GGAAAUAGUCCUAAUCUCAAGCGGAAAUCCAGUAUUAAUAAUUUUUUUUUCUACUGUUAAUUUCCCUUUUUCUUUCUUCUCCCUUUUUUUUUUCUCUUUAAUUUUAUAUUUAUAUGAGAGAACCUAAUUUAUAUUUUCCUUCACAAAAUAAAGCAGCAAUUUGUAUUACUUCUGCACUUUAUGAUCGCAGAGCUUUGGAUUGUACAGCUACUUUACCACUUGUCAAUUCUUUAACUCAUCUUGCUUAUUUAACAUCAACAUCUCCACGCAUUAGAGAAAUUUUAUGUUUAGAUGGAGGAUUAGAAAGACUUGUUCGUAUCUUAUACCAAACAUCAAGUAGAGCUGAUCGACUUACUUUAUGGAAAUGGACACUUGCUUUUCAAAGUAUAGUUAAUAUUGGUGUUAGGGGUACUGAACAAAUUCGAAGCAAAAUAGUAGAUGCUGGUGUUAUACCUUUUGUUUUAACUAUCCUUGGUAAUUUUACAAAAUCUCAUGAGAUUACAAAUGGGAAAAAAGAAUUAAAAAAAGAUUUAAUUGCAAAUAUACAUAAAGACCUAAAAGAUAAUAUAUCAAAUAAUAACAAUAAUUCAUCAAUAUCUACAGCAUCUAAUAAUAAUAAUAAUAAUAAUGAAUCAAUAGCAAAAUCUAAAUUAUUACGUCGUUCUACCUUUCCUUAUAUCAAGAUUGACCCCGCUCAGAGACGAUAUAGACGUAUUCAUAAAGAAAAACAAGAUACCAAAUUUUCUGAUAUUGAACAUGUAUUUCAUCGAGAAGAAGAUGUGCUUUUAUGCUUGCAAUUAUUAGCUUAUCUUUCGAAAUAUCCUCAUAUUCGUGAUUUAUUUCAAUCUGCUUAUUCUAAAAAUGUAUUUAGCGUAGUAGAGAAAUUUUGUCAUCGUCUUCAUCAAGGUCCAGUCCAAUAUUGGGCAGGCGUUAUAAUGCGAAAUGCAUGUCGUAAGGAUGAAACACGUGGUGGUAUUCGACGUUGCGCUAACAUGUCCUGUGGUAAAUGGGAAUCACAGCCUCGUGAGUUUGCAAAAUGUAGACGUUGUCGAAAAGCUAAAUAUUGUUCGAAGGCUUGCCAAAGUAAAGCUUGGGCUGAUGGUCAUCGUUGGUGGUGUGUUGAAAGACAUUCUUCUGUGGCUCAUGAUAAUACCAGCACAGGUUCUGCUAUUACAGCAACCGUUGCUAUUGCUAAUGUUACUACUGUUAAUGGAAACGUUACAGGUGCUGAUCAAGAUGCUACUAUAGUAGCAAACAAUAAUUCAGUUAAUACUAUAGCGACUACCAAUGACCAACAACAAACAACUAAUAAUAACAAUUUACCAACUCCUAAUAGUCAUGGUUCUUCUAGUAGUGGAGAAUUACCUCUUAUUGAACAAAAUACAAAUCAUACGAGUGAAAGCUCUGAUAACCGAACUAUGCUUAUGGGUGUACACAUGGAAUUAUAAGUUUUAUAUAUUAUCUCUCCUUAUUAUUUUAUGCAUGUAUUACAUGCAAUAUAUGGCAAAGUAUAUACCUUCCUGAAAAAAAAAAGUCCUUUACACACAUUUUUGCUCUCCUUCUC